CGGCAUUGUGUUUCGUACUCGUUGAGUCGUUGGUUCGGCCCUCCGCCCUCGGUCUGCUUGGUCUCGUAGUCUCGUCUCGUUCGUCUCGUUAGGUCUCGUCCGACGCCACUUCGUCGCAUUUUCGUUCACGUUUCUGCAUAGAUCGUUUCUCGACGCAAUUUUCACAUUUAUUCUUGCUUUGCCUCGCGUAUGUUCUUUGUUACCGUUGUCCUCCGGUGGUUGUAAAGUGUCCGUUUUUCGGUUUCAAUCGCGUUUUUUUUUGUGAAAAUGAGUAUUCUCAUUCCUGGAGUAAUGAGUUUUUUGAAAGCUCCUCGUGUCGUGAUCUUAAAUCGCGUAGAAAUCGCGAAAAACUUUUUGAAUCGAGCUAUCGACCAUGCUUGCGAGCAUGUUUUCCGAGGAGGGAUGUUUUACUUGAUUAUGAUGACUUUGGUAUGGAUUUCUAUUUUCGUUUAUGUGGUAUUUUAUUACGCAUAUGUUCCCGCUCCGAUGUACGUUAGACCAGUUCAUCUGCAAGUCGUACCCUGUGAGAACCAUACCAAUAUCACAUAUUGCACGUAUCCCUCAGCUCAUGUCCGGUUAACGAGAAAGCAUCAGUUGCUGAUGGUCGGACAACCUUAUAAACUCAACGUUCAUCUUGAGAUGCCCGAAUCGCCGAUUAAUCAAGAACUUGGAAUGUUCAUGGUAUGUAUCCAGUUGAAAGAUAAAAAAGGAUUCCUCUCGUCUCAAGCGUGUCGUUCUAAUAUCCUCCAUUUUCAAAGCGAACUCUUGCACCGAAUCAAGAUCAUAUCGCUGUCGCCGUUCUACGUAUUCGGUCUUUUCGAAGAAAAGCAGACAUUGGUGUUCGAAGUAUUCUCCAGUUUCCAAGAAGAUCAAUAUCAUCCCAUUACCGAUGCCUACGUCGAAGUGCGAGCUCGUAAUGUGCAAAUUUAUUCUGCGUCGUUGCUGAUCAACGCUCAGAUGUCCGGAAUACGUUAUUUCAUGUACCACUGGCCAGCUACCUCUGCUGUUUUGGGAAUUUCGUUUAUUCUCUGCAUAGUUUUUUUCACAAUCACGCUGCCAUAUUAUAAUCGUUUCUUCGUCGAUGCAGUCAACGUUCGACAAGAUUAACCAAUCGUGUACGUGUAUCAGUUAUUUUUUGCUGCUGUCAUGAUGUCAUCGUCCAAGUUGUUUCAUGGUAGAAAAGAUCGUCGCAAUGAUUCGUUAUCCAAUUGUGGUAAUUUUUCGUAUUGUUUUAAUAUUGCAUGGUCAUAAAAUGUGUUAGUAAUUAGUUUCUCUCCUCACGAACAUUCCUCGAGAUUAGAUUAUUUUGUGGUUUAUGAACCGAAUCCCUAAGAAUUUCAAGACCAUUACGUCAUCGUCGUUCAUCGAGUCAUCUAAUUAGUAGUCUACUUAUCUGGAUUGAGAAGUUAGUUUUUUUGAAACAUACCUAUUAGGCAGGAAAAUUUUUUGUUACCGUUAUUUUUGUGGUUGAUUCAAUCAACGAAUAUUUUGGAAUUACUGAAUUUUUGUUAUGUAAUGUGGUAGGUCUGUUUGAUGAUUUUGAGUGGUGAACGUAGUUUUUGUUCACUUCGCUUGAAAACCAGCAAAAACAA